AUGUCCUCUGUACCUCAAACAAACACCAGCAAACCGGACAAGACAGGUACAGAAGGAUCGGUUCACCACAUAUCAUGGGCGUCUUUUCUCAGGAAGGCGCAAAAAGCAACCAAAUCAAAAAUUUCUGGAGAAGUCAUCCAGGGAGCCUUUCCUGUAGAAAUUAUCUUUCCAAUUAUUACAGAGGCGUUGCGCCCCCGACUUAUUAUAGACCAUUACAGUACAUUGGAAAACAUGGCCGAAGUCCACCAUGUUCUCACAUCUCCCAACAAGACAUUUCACAACAUUGUCCAGAAGGUCUCUGAGAAGAAUGAUAUCGGGAAAAGCUGGCUAUAUCAAGCGGACAAUGACCCACGGAAAUAUCGUGCACCGUCUCUCAAAUGGGCUGAGCGAGAUGGAAACGAUAGCGUGAAGGGGUUGAGACGCUUCGAUCUCGAAAUGGAAUUUGAACAUAGCCAACAACUUCAUGUGAUUUAUCCCUGGCCUCAAAUAUCCGUCUUCAGCUUAACCGUUCAGAGAGGCACCA